AUAACAGUCACAGGCCUGUUUGACUUGACCUGUGGAUCAGAUAAAGCUGCAUUUCAGUCACCAUCUAUGGAGCUAGGACAAAGCCCUGAAGGAUGUUCCUCAUUUAUGUUCCCUAGGAUAAUGGGACCUGCAAAGUUCAAUGAAAUGUUGCUUGCUGGAUGCAAGCUGACAGCAGUUGAAGUAAGAGACUGUGGAUUGGUUACAGAUGUUUUCUCCCAUGACAAGUUCACAGAAGAAGUUCAGAACAGAUCUUUGUUGUUGUCCAAGCAGUUAAUAUGUGAUUCAUUCCAUGAUUUGUUACAUGGUGCCAACAAAAAGGAGUGUGCUUUACUUGAAGAACGCUGGCUUUCAGAAGAGUGUAUGCAGGCCAUUAUGGCUUUCAUGCAGAGAAAGUCCAAAUUGUAGCCCAGCUUUCAUUUCCUUGCCACAUUGUAAUUAGGGCUUUAUCAAACUCAACCACAAUGAGCUGCAAAGGUUAAAGUUUUGGUGUUACUUUUAAUCACCCAAUCAAGUAGUCUUACUUGCAGCUGAUUUUUUCUUGAGGAAGGGAAUGGGGGGAUGUCACUGAAGCAAAACGGCUGUGAAGGAGAUCAGUCAAGUGGCCGCAAAACCAUCAAACUGUCACGAGAUAGAAGGGUGGGAUGUUUGUCACAUUGGCUGAUCGAUGUUAAGGAUUUUUUAAAUGUUAAAUUCACUCUUUGCCAAUUAUUCAAUUGUUAAUUGGUCUAUAGUUAUUAAUCUUAUUUUACUAGUAGUAUGUUUAGUCAAAAAAAGUAAUUA